CCCUAUUGAACAUGAAUAUGCUUUCUGCCUUCUGGAACUUUUACAUUUUAUCUCUGGUGUCAACUGUCUUGGGAAGACUACAUCCUGAAUGUGAAUUUAUUUUUCAACUGGAAAAAGAUCAACAGAGAUGUCUACAAGAAAUUACAGAAAAUGAAAAUCACACAACUGGAGGCUGCAAGCAAAAUUGGGAUGCAGUGGUGUGCUGGCCUCUUGCUGUUGUUGGUGAGACAGUCAAUGUCUCCUGUCCCCCAGUUUUCUCCCACUUCAUGAAAAAUCCAGGUACAGUAAGCAGAAAUUGUACCAUUAACGGCUGGUCCAACCCAUUCCCUCCAUAUUAUCUUGCCUGUACUGUUGAAGAUGAGAUACCUGUAGAGGAAGAGUCCUACUUUGCGACCGUGAAAGUGAUUUACACAGUUGGAUAUGGAGCAUCUAUCUUUUCUCUUACAAUUGCCAUGAUUAUUUUACUUAUCUUUAGGAGCCUUCACUGUGCUAGAAACUAUGUCCACAUCCAGCUCUUCACAUCAUUCAUCCUGAGAGCUGUGGCAGUUUUUAUUAAGGAUGCCACCCUGUUUGCAAAUGAUGAAACUGAGCAUUGCACCUUUUCUACAGCUGGGUGCAAGGCAGCAGUUGUUUUCUGUCAUUACUGUGUAAUGACUAAUUUCUUCUGGCUGUUGGUGGAAGCCCUGUACCUCAACUCACUUUUGUUUUCAUUCAUUCAUCCCGGAAGAAAUUACUUCUGGUGGUUUGUUAUAUUGGGCUGGGGAGUUCCAACCAUUUUUAUCAUUGUUUGGAUUAUGUCCAGGGUAUAUUUUGAAGACACAGAAUGCUGGGAUAUAACUGAGAAUUCUCCAUUCUGGUGGAUAAUAAAGGGGCCUAUUGUUGUAUCUAUUGGGGUAAAUUUUAUACUUUUUAUAAACAUCAUACGGAUUUUAAUUCAGAAGCUGGAUCCCCGGUUAAUUCAGUUCAACAACUCAUCUCAGUACAGGCGUUUAAUGAAGUCAACUCUGCUUCUCAUUCCAUUGUUCGGCACCCACUACAUAGUGUUUAACUUUCUCCCAGAUUAUAUAAAUAUAGGGGUGAGGCUGUACAUAGAACUCUGCCUGGGAUCAUUUCAGGGUCUCAUAGUUGCUGUCCUCUACUGCUUUCUCAAUCAAGAAGUACAGACUGAGAUCCAACGAAAGUGGAUGCGAUGGUAUAUAAACAGCUAUGGGAAGGUACCAGUUGUGGUCAAAGAAAGUGAAAUGGAUACCCCUUUUUGAAUGCAAGAUAAUACAAAAAAAUUAUAUAUAUUUCUGUAUAUUCAAAAGACAGCUCUUUUUCUUUCUUGUAACACAUUGUAUGAUGCCUAUAAUCACAUGGUUGCUUGCUUAACUGACCGUGGAGAUAUGCACCAUUGGAUACAGACGAACAUCAGCAUCAGAUGUGUUCUGCUCAUUAGGUUAUUAUACAGACUGGUUUACUUGGGUGCAGUGUGAAGUAAUAAUACAGUUAGCUGAUGGCAAAGCUAUAUUGAGCCUUCGAAGAUGGAGUUCAAACUUCUUAAACCUUUUAAACGUAUACAGAUCCAAAGCAGUAGAAUGUCUGCAUUUCAUAUAACAAGUUAAAUGGGUGGAAAACAAAGUUUGUUUGCACUAGAUGGGUGCAAACAGAUGCAAUAAGACUUUGACCUAUAAAAAGAUUUUGGUACCAUAUUUUGCCCUGCUUCUUACAUCACAGCUACAACCAAGUGUCACCUACAAAUUGUUGUUUGUCAAUAUGAUGAAAAUAAAGUUAUACUCUUUUAUAAAUAGUACAUAACACACAUGACCUUCACAGAUGUAUAGUACAGCAUCCAUUUUGUACCACUUUCUAAAUCAGUAUUUCCACUGUGAAUGUUGUGUAAAAGAAUACAUGCAGCAACAAUAUUUAACACAGAUAAAUGUACAUAUAAAUACAUUAUAUAUUUAUGUUGUGAGGUUUUAUGUACAUGGCAAUAUUCAAAAUAAAUCAAACCAUCAGGAAAGUGAGAUAUGAAAAUGAAUUAAUCUUUUUACUGGUAGGAUUAACAUUAUGAUUCACAUGCUCCCCCUAGUGGCUUUCUGGUAAUGUUGCUGUUAGGUACAGAUAAAUAUAGUACAAGGGCUUGCUUAUAGGCUUGGGAUUAUAGCAUUUAUCAUGAUUUAUGUGCUGUCACCCACUCCUGGAUCCAGAAUCUGUGGACGGUAUUGUUUAUGUUAGAAUUUCUUCAAAAAACGAGUUGGCCUUGCUUUAAGAGAAAGGGACAUUGGUAGAUAAAGUAUUUAAAAAAUCAAAUAAAUAAAUAGAAACCAUUUUGAAGGGGCUCAGUGUUAGUAAUUGAGAAUUUGACCAUGUUUCAUACCUAACAUGUAUUGUUCAGUAGGCAUGCUUAUUAUAGGCUGUUUAUUAGAGAUAUGUUUUAAUUCAAUAAAAUUAUGAAUAUGCAGAAUGAAACUGGCACCUAUUGAAGUAAGCCAAUGAAACUCUAGUUAUCAUUUCAUGCCCUUAGUACUAAAAGCAAAUUAAAUUUUUUUUUUUUUUAAUUAUCAUACAUGUGUAUUAAUUAAUUUCAAAAUUAUUAAUUUUAUUUAUAAUCAAAUUGGU